CCAGAACAAUAAAAUACAAUCCACAAAGACGCAGGAAGCGAGUUCUCAGCGGGAUAUGUGUGCGUGAGACAAUACAAAACAAACCCCUUUGUCCAUCUACAGCCAUCCCCGCCUAUAUAUAAACAUGAGCAGAACCAUCGUGCUAGAAUACCAACUACCCAGAGAAUAUCAAAGCAAAAUGGCCCAGCUCUCUCAAAAGCCCGCCCUCGCAUCCUCUAGCAAACCAAAAAUAAUCACGCUUGCGAUGCACACGAACAAGAUAGCACAACCACCAUCGACAGACCACGAUGAUUUCACCUGCACAAGCGCAGAGACAUGCAAAUUGAUCCUUAAAGAUGCGGCCACGCUAUCCCUCUUUCACAGCGACAUCCGCACCUUCAUCUACGACCCGCGAUUUAGCCCGCCGUUCUUCAAUAACAACUAUUUCCUGACCAUGGAAGCGUCGUCUACCACAUCUAGAUCAACAUCAAACUCUAGAUCCAUCUCACCAGCUUCGGUUCCUUUGCCGGAUCCUGCAGCUCCAACCCUGGCUUCGAAUUCUGUGUACGAGCAUGAGUACGAGCAGGAGCAGGAGCAGGAGCAGGAGCAGGAGCAAGCGCCGGAACUCACAGCAAUUAUGGCGGCGAUAUCUUCCCAAACACUUGAAGACUACCUAGGAUCCAGGGAGAAUGAUGUCGAUUGGGAUAGAGAAAGAGAAGAGGCGAGCACAUUCGCGCAAUACAGGGUGGAUUGCCAUGAUUAUUUGCAUGGUUUGGCGAUGGCGGAAGGGAUCUCACUUGAUCGUGCUUGGGAUGAGAUGCAGAUUAGGAGGUGGAGAUGGGGGUUAUUGGAGGGACAGGCAAAAGGCGGUGCCAUAGACACCAUGAGCAGCAGAAGGGGGGCAAUAGGCCGCUGAAUAUCGGGGAUGAUGUUUGAAAGAUUUUACAAUGGAGGGUAGAUUACAGGCGUUAUUGCACUUUUUUUUUUUUUUAAAAAAAAAAAAUCAUGAAUCAAGGCCAGAAUGCCGGUUAAAUUGUUGAACGGAACGUCGGUCUUCCGCUUCAUACCAAGCUAAACACAACUACCAGCAGCACUUUGACAGGACAAUGAUAGCAAAUAAAAAACCCAGUUUUGAUAGUAUACGAACCAAUAGAACCGAGAUAGAGAA